AUGGUUUGCUUGACCCAGAACCCCCUCCCAGGUUCGCAUGAGUUAACCAUAGCACCGUUUGAACAGAAGUUCACUACCCCAACACAGCAGACUCCAGAUGUCUCUUCUUCCUUGGAUCGAAUAACAAAGCUGAGCCAUCGCAUCGUGGCAUUGACGGAGCAAUCAUUGGCAUCCAUAUGCGACAGGCGAGAUGGCAGUGGACUACCUGCAUCAGGCGUUAUUGACGAUAUGAUUUACCUGCAGCUCAUGCUCUCAGAAGAGCUUUCCCGGUUAUAUGCCGCCCUAGAUCGCUCCGAGAAAUACUCGACCAAAUGUACCCAAGACCUUUAG